CUCCUGUCUGGAUCGGUAAAGCUUGGUCCCAGACAUUUAGGAGUGGGAAGGAGGAGGAGGAGAGGCUCUGCUCAGGACCAACUCCCUGGCGGCCCACGCAUCAAGCACGUCUGUCGGGCAGCAGCGGUGGCGUUGGGGCAACCCCGUGCCAUGGUGCCUGACGAUAUCCCCCGGCUUAGCGCUCUGCCCCUCCAUGAGCGAGAGGGCAUCACCACCUCACCAGCUGUAGAAGACAUUGCGGAUGACCCCUCUGACUGCACGGUCAGGCACAAGAUGAUGAGACAGAAGCACAAGUACAGCAAGCAGCKGAAGUUCAAGCGGAACUAUAACGAGGUUGGUCCUGGGGGCCGCGCCACCCGCUGUAGGACCUGCCAGGGCUGCCUGCGUGAGGGUGACUGCAGCACCUGCUUCAACUGCCUGGACAAGCCCAAGUUUGGAGGGCCCAACACCAGACGCCAGUGCUGUGUGUUAAAACGAUGUGUUCGGAUUGAGGCAAGGAAAGUAAAGCGCGGCAUCAAGCCAUUCACAG